UAGCAGCAUACCCCCCACGAACAACAUCUCGGGCGCCAACAUGGCCGACUUGCCUGCUGGUGUGAGCGAACUAGAAGUUGAGGUUGAAACUAUGGUAGAACCCCAGCAAGAAGUGCAAAUUGAGACUAUGCCGAUGAUUGCCCUUCAACCACUGAGCGAGCCUGAGAGAGAAGAAAUUGUAGUGCAAACUACAGAGGAGGUGAUCGAAGAGUCAAAGCCGUUGGUACAAGAAGUGUCGGUUUCUACAACUCCUCCAACAAAACAGCGCAAGGGAAGAGCAGGGAAAAACAAAGGACUAGGACGAUCGGGUAAAGCACUUUCUGGUUCAGGCAACUCUGGUUCGGCUAAUGUGUCUAAUUCGGAUAAAGGGGGUGGUAAUGGCGAUACUGAACGCACAGGUACGCGCAAAUGGGAACAAAAGCAAGUUCAAAUAAAGACGCUUGAAGGCGAAUUUGCCGUGAGGAUGUGGGCGUCGGAGGAGAAAAGAGCAGAGCUUGAAGAACUAGAGCGAAAUUCUGACUUCAGCGAGUACAUGACGGGCAAAAAGAUUCCAGCUGGAGGCUUACCUGGUAUUGAUUUAAGCGAUCCGAAGCAGUUAGCAGAGUUUGCAAGAAUGAAACCCAAAAAGAUGAAAGASGAAGAUGGUGGAAGAUCAAUUGCAUGUCCUCAUAAAGGUUGUACAAAAAUGUUUAGRGAUAACUCUGCAAUGAGAAAACAUCUUCACACUCAUGGACCUAGAGUUCAUGUCUGUGCAGAAUGCGGAAAGGCAUUUGUGGAAAGCUCAAAGUUAAAACGACAUCAGCUAGUACACACUGGGGAAAAACCUUUUCAGUGCACAUUUGAAGGUUGUGGAAAACGAUUCUCUCUUGAUUUUAACCUGCGCACUCAUGUUCGUAUACAUACUGGUGACCGUCCGUACGUCUGUCCUUUUGAYGCUUGUAAUAAAAGAUUUGCACAGUCAACAAAUCUCAAGUCACAUAUCCUAACUCAUGCAAAAGGAGGGAAAUCUUGAAUGUAAAGACAUUAAUGCUGAACCAUGAACUACCAAAGCCAUMACUGCAAAAUGUUGCUUGAUUUUACAAAAGAGAACAAAGCAACAAAAUGUAUUAUAACAUAUAUCUGGCGACGGAGGAUGCAAGAAAUGCCAACCCCAUGUAAAUAUGUAGAAAUUUCUAAGUAAGAUACUACAAUUUUCUUUGUUCAAGGACAUAGCUUGUGRAUCUGAUGAAAAAUGACAGGAGAUACUCUUGGAAGUGAAGUCAAACUAUGUCUGUAGCAUUUUUAAAUAGCCAUGGUCUUUAAACUUUUAACCCUUACUAAAGUGUCUUCUAAUUAUUAUUAUUUUUCAUAUUGUAAGUUAUUAGAUUCUCUGCCCUCUGUUAAUGAUAUUUUUUUAGCCUUGCCUAUGGUAUGUACAUGUAAGGUUCUUAGGGACUUUCAGAUCUCUGUAUGUUUUGUAAUCUUACUGUCUUGUUGUUGGUAGUGGCUUACAAAAGAGUGCACGCCAUAUAUCCAUGAAAUUAUCUGUUAGCAAAUAUUAUUUAUUAGACUAGUGGUUAGCUGAAUCAUAACAAAUAACAAUGGUAGCAUUGUAACCUYUCUCAGGGUUCGUACAGAUCCUGGAAAACCUGGAAAGUCAUGUAAUUUUUUUCGUAUUUUAGCUUUACAGGCCUGGAAAGUCAUAGGAUGUUGUCAAGGGUCACGGAAACCUAUUAAAARUAUUCUUUUUUUUGUCAUCUUAUUAUGUUGACCACUAUUUCGUAAAGAAAUUUAAAACAAAUACAUUAUAUUUAAUGAAGUAGCAAGUGCUGUUAAAUCAAAUGCUGCAAAAAUGCAAUCAGUUAAAGGUCACAUAAAUGAAACGCUACUGUUGUAUAUGAAGUGGACAUCUUUUUUGGUCAUUGAAAACAUGGAAAAGUCAUGAAAUUUUAGUACGAACCCUGUCUCUCUGUGUUUCUAUCUGUGAAUUUUCAGUAUGAGUAUAACUAAUUGCCAGAGUCUGUACACUUGUGCUGUGAAAAUAAAAUUGUUACUACUAAAUAAGUGAUAUUUAAUGGCAAAUGAAAAAGGCAAAUGUACAAUCUUUAUUUAGUAGAGUGAAGUCAUAAAACCCUUGAAGUGGAUAUUACACUAUUACAACUUAGUAUGUCUCUAAUUGUAUUUUCUUUUGUGUUUAUUUGACUAUCRCACUUAAUAGUCAAAUAUUUUUGGGGGUGUUUAAUGGCUUCACUCUAUUUACUUCACUUUGCUACUUGAUAGUAACUAGUUGAUAUUAUUUCACAGUCCAAGUCUGCCUACUCUAUUUACGACUUUCAAAAAUGGGGUGACACKUAAUGUCACAGUUGCAAUAAAACGAGAUCUCAAAGGCCAGCCUCCAUAAGUAAACUUUGAGGGUGACUUGCAAGAGUGUUUUGUUAUGAAUAACAUACCAACACAUCUUUCAAACUUUCACACUGCCUGCAUGUGAUCUUUGUAGUGAUUUUUAGAUGCAAGGCCUUUGAGGUCUCGUUUCCAUGAUUUGUCACUAGUCCCCUGAUAUUGGCGGUCGUAAACUUUCGGCAUUUUUGAAAGUCGUGUAUUGCUACCAUUGUGYACUUCUAUUUGCUAAUUGGCCAUUGCAAAAUUCUAAAUGAGACAUGAAAAUAGUCACUAUCCCCAAUUCUUCCUAUUUCUUGAUUUUUCCAAAUUUUAUCAGGUGUGUGACUAUGCACAAGUUCUUUUUGRAUUUURGAAUGUGCCAUUAUCACAGGUAGUUUCACUGAUAAGUGGCAUUCACUUUAUGAAAAURUGAAAGAAUACUAUUAAACUCUAUUUGUACACUUGA